AUGGGGACUUGGGCCCUGCUGCUCCCUCUACUUGUGACCGUGGCCCAGGCCCAGGUCUGCUCUGUGAACGAGAGCUUCUUCCAAGUCGAUGAGAACAGGAGUCCCGAGCAGCCCCUCCUCGACAUCUACGUCCCCGAGGGCCAGCAGGUGACCCUCGGAUCCUCAUCCAGCCCUUUCGCAUUUCGGAUCCAGGGGACUCAGCUGUUUCUCAACAUGACCCCGGACUAUGAGGAGAACUCAAGGCUGCAAGCAAUCCUGGAGUGCAAGAGGUCUGACACUGUGGUGACCCAGCUGAGGGUGUUUGUGUCAGUGCUGGAUGUCAACGACAACCCGCCCAAGUUCCCCUUUGUAGUCAAGGUCCAAAGGGUGCCAGAGGACACUAAAGUGAAUGCCAUCGUCAUCCCCGAGACAGAGCUGAAGGCCCAGGACCCCGACAAAAAUGACAUCCUGUUCUACACCCUCCAGGAAGUGACCCCGGGUGCCAGCGGCUUCUUCUCUUUGGUGGGUGUGAACCGCCCAGAGCUGCGGCUGGACCGGUCACUGGACUUCGACAGGUGGCCGAACAUGACCUUCCAGCUGCUGGUCCGGGACACGCGAGAGGAGAACGUGGAGCCCAGCCACACGGCCACGGCCACCUUGGUCCUGGAGGUGCAGCCCUCCGACCUGCGGCCCCCCUGGUUCCUGCCCUGCACGUACUCUGACGGUUUUGUCUGCAUCCACGCCCAGUACCACGGGGCUGUGCCCACAGGCCACGUACUGUCAGGACCCCUCAUCCUGCAUCCUGGGCCCAUCUAUGCCGUGGACGGGGACAGGGGCAUCAAUCAGCCCAUCGUAUACAGCAUCAUCAGGGGAAACGAGGACGGCUCGUUCUCCAUUGGUGCCGACACAGGCAACCUCACCAUGACCAAGAGCAUCCCCAGCCCCAAGACCUUCCUUCUACUGGUCAAGGGCGAGCAGGCAGAUUGCGCCAGCUACUGGGUGACCCAGGUCACGGUGGAGGCCCGGGCCACCAGCGGGAGCCUGCCCCACUUCCCCCAGAGCCUGUACCGCGGCACCGUGCCCCUCUGCUCUGGGGUGGGCGUGGCCAUCAGGGAUGCAGCUGCCCCCUCCCAGCCUCUGAGGAUCUGGGCCCAGGAUCCUGAGUUCCCAGACCUCAACUCGGCCAUCACGUAUCGGAUCACCAACAACUCUAAGUUCAGAAUGGAUGGGGAGGCCAUGCUGACUGGGGCUUCACUGGUGCACGCCGGGGUCUGCUAUGCAGAGGUUGAGGCCAAGAACACGGUGACCUCAGGCACAGCGACCACGGUCGUGGAGGUUCGAGUCUCAGAACAGGAACCCACCCCCACAGGCCCCCCCACGUCCCCAGAGACAGCAGGAACAACCAGAGCCUCCAGCGGCACCACAUCAGAAGCCCCCUGGUCCCCUGAGCCCUCUCGGGGGUCCUCCACGACCAGCUCUGGGGGGGACAGCGGCCCUCACCCCUCCUCAGGCACAACUCUGAGGCCUGCGGAAGAGACAGCAGGAACAACCAGAGCCUCCAGCGGCACCACAUUGGAAGCCCCCCGGUCCCCUGAGCCCUCUCGGGGGUCCUCCACGACCAGCUCUGGGGGGGACAGCGGCCCGCACCACUCCUCAGGCACAACUCUGAGGCCUGCGGAAGAGACAGCAGGAACAACCAGAGCCUCCAGCGGCACCACGUCGGAAGCCCCCCGGUCCCCUGAGCCCUCUCGGGGGUCCUCCACGACCAGCUCUGGGGGGGACAGCGGCCCGCACCCCUCCUCAGGCACAACUCUGAGGCCUGCGGAAGAGACAGCAGGAACAACCAGAGCCUCCAGCGGCACCACGUCGGAAGCCCCCCGGUCCCCUGAGCCCUCUCGGGGAUCCUCCACGACCAGCUCUGGGGGGCACAGCGGCCCGCACCACUCCUCAGGCACAACUCUGAGGCCUGCGGAAGAGACAGCAGGAACAACCAGAGCCUCCAGCGGCACCACGUUGGAAGCCCCCCAGUCCCCUGAGCCCUCUCAGGGGUCCUCCACGACCAGCUCUGGGGGGGACAGUGGCCCGUACCCCUCUUCAGGCACAACUCUGAGGCCUCUGCCCUCCUCCACGCCGGGGCGGCCCCCCAGUGCGGUAACCAGCCCCUCCCCUCCAUCAGCCUCACCCAGCGGGGGCUCAGCACAGACCUUGAAGCCAGGAAACCCUACCCCUGGGCCCAGCUGCAACCUCCAGCCCACAGGGAUGCCGGGGACCGGAGGAAGCAGCACGGUGGCGGACAACAGGCCUGAGGACCGGUGCUUCUCGGGGGUGGAGAUGGCGGCACUGGGCGGGGUGCUGGGUGCGCUGCUUCUUCUGGCUCUGACCGCCCUCAUGCUCCUCGCCCACAAGCACUAUGGCCACCGACUCAAGUACUGCUGCAGCAAAGCGCUGGAGCCCCAGCCCCAAGGCUUUGACAACCAGGCCUUCCUCAACAACCCCGACGAGGCCAACCGGGCGCCGGCUCUUAGCCCCUCAUCCAGUCCCGUCCCACCGGCUCCCCCAGAGUCUGCACCCCCAGAACCCAAGACCCCCAGCCCGGAGUCCCUCCGCCGAGUCCCCGAGUCCCCCGCGAUGGCCCUGGAUGGGGACGGCCCGGCAGCUGUGAGGUCCAUCCUGACCAAGGAGCGGCGGCCUGAGGGUGGCUAUAAGGCUGUGUGGUUCGGCAAGGACAUUGGGGCCGAGGCCGACAUGGUGGUCCUCAACACGACUGCCUCGGAGGUGGACGGUGCUGGCGACGAGGGCAGCGAGGGCAGUGGCGACGAGGGCGCAGAGCCCCCCGCAGCGCUGGGUGAGGAAGAGGAGCGGCUGGAGGCCCCAGGGGCUGUGCCCUGCGGCAGCCAGGACCCCAGUGCUGCCCCGCCCCCGCCCGCAGAAGCACGUGACUUCCCCGGCCCCGCCUCCGGCCCCCACCACCAUAAAAGCUCUUGCUCCGGAGCCCUAGCGGAGCGGAAAUUUCUCGCCACGGCGGUGCCAGUACCAGAUACUCGGGACUUCCAACCCACGCGGAGCGAGUAA